GACACUAAACAACAUUUAUCUCUUUUCUCUCUCGGCGUUCCGAUACAAUGGGAGGCAUCACCGUCGUGUCUAUCUUCCUUCUUAUCAUCGCCACCGCCAAUUCCGCCGCCGUCUACUUCCGUGACGGGAUGUUACCGAACGGGGACUUCGAGCUAGGACCAAAACCAUCGGACAUGAAAGGAACAGAGGUGUUGAACAAAAUGGCGAUACCAAAAUGGGAAGUAACAGGGUUCGUCGAGUACAUAAGCUCAGGACAUAAACAAGGAGACAUGCUUCUCGUUGUUCCCGCCGGCAAAUUCGCAGUAAGGCUAGGAAACGAAGCAUCGAUCAAGCAAAGACUCAAAGUUGUCAAAGGAAUGUAUUACUCUCUCACUUUCAGCGCCGCGAGAACUUGCGCUCAGGACGAGCGUCUCAACAUCUCGGUGUCACCAGAUUCCGGCGUUAUUCCGGUACAGACGGUGUACAGUAGCAGCGGGUGGGAUCUAUACGCUUGGGCGUUUCAAGCAGAGAGUGAGAUCGCAGAUAUAGUGAUUCAUAAUCCAGGCGUUGAAGAGGAUCCAGCUUGUGGUCCACUCAUUGACGGUGUUGCUAUGAGAGCUCUUUACCCUCCUCGACCAACCAACAAGAACAUAUUGAAAAACGGAGGGUUUGAAGAAGGGCCACUAGUAUUACCAGGAGCGACCACAGGAGUUUUGAUCCCACCGUUUAUAGAAGACGACCACUCUCCUUUACCUGGUUGGAUGGUCGAGUCUCUCAAAGCCGUCAAAUACGUAGACACCGAACAUUUCUCAGUCCCACAAGGUCGCCGAGCUAUUGAGCUUGUGGCAGGCAAAGAGAGUGCCAUUGCUCAAGUGGCUAGGACCGUCGUUGGUAAGACUUACGUGCUGUCUUUUGCGGUUGGAGACGCUAACAAUGCUUGCAAAGGUUCAAUGGUAGUCGAGGCUUUUGCGGGAAAAGAUACGCUUAAGGUACCUUACGAGUCGCGUGGCACGGGAGGGUUUAAACGUGCUUCGAUCCGGUUUGUUGCGGUUUCGACAAGAACUAGAGUUAUGUUUUACAGCACUUUUUAUGCUAUGAGGAGCGAUGAUUUCUCUUCUUUGUGUGGGCCUGUGAUUGACGACGUCAAGCUUUUAAGCGUUCGUAAGCAUUAGAAGAAUGAAUGAAUCUCUUAUAUUACAAGAAAGGAAGUGUCUGCUUUUUCUUUUUUUUUUUAAAAAAAAAUUGUCUUCUUGGUGUGUUUUUGAUUUUAAUUUAAAAGAGAUGGGUGAAAGACAGAGGAGAAGCUUAUUUACUAGGGAUCUUGCUUAUAUUGUAUUUUCUUGUACGAGAAGGCAAAAAAAACGUGCCGUUUUCUUAUGUAUGUAGGCCGUUUACGUUUUAUGGAGCCUUUUUUACAAACUUGCAAGAAUAAAAGUGUGUUCAUAUCU